AUGGGGUGUUACAAAAUUCCUUUAGCUCUUGUUUGUUUCAUAAGCUUAGCCUUUGUUAGUCCCUCCAAUGCCCAAAACUCACCACAAGACUACCUUGUUGCUCAUAACGCAGCUCGUGCUCAGGUGGGCGUCGCGAACAUUACAUGGAGCAACACUGUUGCAGCAUAUGCACAAAACUAUGCCAAUCAGAGGAUCAGUGAUUGCAAUCUCGUGCACUCAGACGGGUCUUAUGGCGAGAACCUUGCAAAGGGUAGUGGUGUUUUCACAGGCACUGCUGCUGUGAACUUGUGGGUUGCAGAAAGGCCAUGCUACAAUUAUACCACAAACUCCUGCGUUGGGGGCGAAUGUCUGCAUUAUACACAGGUGGUGUGGCGCAACUCGGUUCGGCUCGGGUGUGCUAGGGUUCAGUGCAACAAUGGAUGGUGGUUUGUCAUUUGUAGCUAUGAUCCUCCAGGCAACUAUGUUGGGCAGCGCCCAUAUUAGAGUGGUGCUUGAGCUUUAAUUGCCUAAACAGCUAAUGUUAUAAGGGGAUAUUUGAUAAAUAAGCUAUUAAUUUGAG